CUGUGGCAGAGCUGGAAUCUGAUUCCCAGCCUACUUCUCCUGCUCUGUCCACACUUGUUGCUACAGUCAACUGGCAGCAUUUAUGGUGGCUAUGGGUGCCAGGUGGACCUGAAAGCAGUGGGGCAUGGCUGUAGCCCUGCAGGUUUUGCCUCGCUUGGCCCGACCCCCAUUACGCCCACUCCUCUGGAGGGGCCCAGGGGCACGACUGGCCAGUGGCAUGGCCUUGGCAGAGCAUGCUAGGAAGCUGUUCGAGUACACUGUUAGUUCAGUGCUGCCGGGCCCCAUGAUGCACCGAGCACUGUCCUUGGACCCUGGCAGCGGGCAGCUGAAGGUGCGGGAUCGGAGCUUUCAACUGCGGCAGAAUCUCUACCUGGUGGGCUUCGGCAAAGCUGUGCUGGGCAUGGCAGCUGCAGCUGAGGAGCUACUGGGCCAGCAUCUGGUGCAGGGAGUGAUCAGCGUUCCCAAGGGGAUCCGUGCUGCCAUAGAGUGCAGUGGCAAGCAGGAGAUGCUACUGAAGCCACACAGCCGUGUCCAGGUAUUCGAGGGUGCAGAGGACAACCUGCCAGACCGUGAUGCACUGCGGGCUGCAUUAGCCAUACGGCAGCUGGCCGAAGGACUGACAGCUGACGACCUGCUGCUUGUGCUCAUCUCAGGUGGGGGCUCGGCGCUGCUGCCCGCCCCCAUCCCACCCGUCACCCUGGAGGAGAAGCAGACACUCACCAAGCUGCUGGCGGCCCGGGGAGCCACCAUCCAGGAGCUGAACACCAUCCGGAAGGCCCUGUCCCAGCUCAAGGGCGGGGGACUGGCUCAGGCUGCCUACCCUGCCCAGGUGGUAAGCCUGAUUCUGUCAGACGUGGUGGGAGACCCUGUGGAGGUGAUUGCCAGCGGCCCCACUGUGGCCAGUGUCCACAACGUGCAAGAUUGCCUGCACAUCCUUAAUCACUAUGGCCUCCGCGCUGCCCUGCCACGCUCUGUGAAAACCGUACUGGCCCGGGCCGACUCUGACCCUCGUGGGCCACACACCUGUGGUCACGUCCUCAACGUGAUCAUUGGCUCCAAUGCGCUCGCACUGGCUGAGGCCCAGCAGCAGGCUGAGGCGCUGGGAUACCGGGCUGUGGUGCUGAGCGCAGCCAUGCAGGGCGACGUGAAAAGUGUGGCCAAGUUCUACGGGCUGCUGGCCCGAGUGGCUGGAGCCCACCUCGCUCUGCCCGGCGCUGGAACCUCCGUGGAAGAUGAUGAACAACUCCGUGAGCAGGCGGCUGCACUCCAGCUCCCAGACCUGCAGCUGAAGGAGGCUCUGGAGGUCGUGUCGGGGGCUAGGGGCCCCGUGUGCCUGCUGGCUGGUGGCGAGCCCACAGUGCAGUUGCAGGGCUCGGGCAAGGGGGGCCGGAACCAGGAACUGGCCCUGCGUGUUGGGGUAGAGCUGGGACAACGGCCACUGGGGCCCAUUGAUGUGCUGUUUUUGAGUGGUGGCACUGAUGGGAAGGAUGGGCCCACAGAGGCAGCCGGGGCCUGGGUUAUGCCUGAGCUUACCAGCCAGGCCACCGCUGAGGGCCUGGAUGUGGCCACCUUCCUGGCCCACAAUAACUCACAUACCUUCUUCCACCGCUUCCAGGGUGGGGCCCAACUGCUGUACACAGGGAUGACAGGCACCAAUGUCAUGGACGUCCACUUCCUAUUCCUGCAGCCGCGGUGAUGACAUAGGUCAUGUUUUGGGAGUCUAGAGAAAGCCUAGAGGGCAGAGUCCUGGGGCAGACCAGGGUUGGUCCCCAGGGCCUCACCAGCCUUAGGGCCCCUUCUCUCCUUGGCUCUGUCUGCAUGGUUGGCCCUUACAUCUUCCACCCAGGGCUCCUGCUUCACGUCCAUUUCUCCAACCAGAGUGGAAGGAUGGCGGCUCUCUCCCACCCUUACUUUCAGCCAUGGCAGCAGGUACCCGAGACCAGGACAAGUCUUGGCCAGUUCACUGUUCCUGGAAUUCCCUAGAUAGCCCACUGCUGAGCACCCAAGCCUGUUUUCUCUGCAGGAGAAACAAGGACUGAAAAUAAAAAAGACCACUCUGUGGGA